UGGUUGGGCAGCAGUAAGGUCCUUUCUGUCUGUAACAUGGCAGAAGCCACAUGUUCGUGGUAAACAUCUCUGCUGAACAGUAGCGUCUCAAAUCUAUUCUCACGAUGGAGUCGGUAUCAGACACUGCGGCGGAGGUGAGCGCGACCGUGGACUGUGAGGGGGACACGGACACGUUUGAGAAGGUCAAGUCAAAGCGGAGUCACAAACGGAAGCGGGACGCGGCUGAGGUGGACAUGCGGCCCGAGGAGACCGUGGUAGCGGCCAAGAGACCGCAGUUCCCGGCGUUAUCAGGAGACCAGCUCACGGGAGGCACAGCUGAGAUGCGGCGGGUGCCUGUUCCUGCUCACCGUUACAGUCCUCUGAAAGAAAACUGGAUGAGAAGUUUUUAACCCAUUGUUGGAAAUUUUGAGGUGCAAGUGCGAUUCAACCUCAAAACCAGAAACGUGGAGAUUAAGACGUGCAGGGAAACGAGUGACAUCGGCGCUCUGACCAGGGCUGCUGACUUCGUGAAGGCGUUUGUUUUAGGCUUUCAGGUGGAGGAUGCUCUUGCUCUGAUCAGAUUAGAUGAACUCUUUCUGGAAACGUUUGAAGUCACAGACGUUAAACCUCUGAAAGGAGAUCACUUAUCCAGAGCCAUCGGCAGGAUAGCAGGGAAAGGAGGAAAAACCAAGUUCACCAUCGAGAAUGUGACGAAAACCAGGAUUGUGCUCGCAGACACGAAGGUUCAUAUUUUGGGAUCUUUCCAGAACAUCAAAAUGGCACGAACAGCAAUAUGCAACCUCAUUCUCGGAAGUCCUCCAUCAAAGGUGUAUGGCAACAUUCGUGCGGUGGCGAGCCGCGCAGCCGAGAGGUUUUAACACACGAAGAACACCGCUCAUGGACUGAUGCAGAAAUAAUGAUUUCCAUUAUUAGUGCUAUACUGGCCUGUAUAUGUGUAUGAAUGAUAUGAGCGCCGGUGGACGGCCGGUUUCUCAUGCAGUGGAGCCUCAGAUAAUAAACAGAAAUCAGACACGUGUGGAUCCAAUAA